CCGCGCUUUCAUCAUGUCCAGAUGUCUGGUCCCGUACCUGCUAGUAUGUCUCAUCUCUUCUGUCCGGACCGCAGACCAGAGAGAUGGAAGUAAAGGUUCUAAAUCCGAACAAUUUCCCGUUGUGAUAACUCCGUCGGGACCCAUCCGGGGGUCCAUGAUGCAGACACGGCGGGGGCGAGACUUCGAAGCAUACCGAGGCAUCCGGUACGCAGAGCCUCCUGUCGGUGAACUACGAUUUCAGCCGCCUGUACCCAUCCUGUCGUACAAAGAGGAGGUGAACGCAACGACAGAGGGUCCCGCCUGCCCUCUUCCGGCGCGUCAAGGUUACUACCUCGAUGAAGACUGCCUCAGAAUUAAUGUUUACACGCCGAGCCAUAAAAGUGGCCAACAUUUACCUGUAGUGUUCUACAUUCACGCGGGAGGUUUCUACGUAUUCUCCGGGCGCAGUGACAUGGCGGGUCCACACUACCUGCUCGACCGCGAUAUCGUCCUCGUAACCAUCAACUACCGCCUCGGCACACUAGGUUUUCUGAGUACGGGCGAUGCGCUGGCGCCAGGCAACAACGGGUUCAAGGACCAGGUGGCGGCGCUGCGCUGGGUGCGGCGCAACAUCGCCGCGUUCGGCGGAGACCCCGACCUCGUCACCAUCACCGGCUGCAGCGCGGGAUCACACAGCGUCUUCUUGCAUAUGUUGUCACCAAUGUCCAAAGGUCUCUUCCACCGGGCAAUAAGCAUGAGCGGGUCUCCAAUAGGCAGCACGCUCAGCCCCCACCAUCUGAGGGACCUCGCCGAGCGCCAGGCCCGGCUCCUCAAUUGCAGCACCACCGGCUCUGCCGAGAUCAUCGACUGCCUCAAGACCAAGAGUUGGAGGGAUCUCGGUUACUCCUUGCGAGGAUUCUAUGAGUUCGGCUUCGACCCGGUGCGCAUCUGGAAGCCGGUGGUGGAGAAUGACUUCGGCCAGGAGCGGUUCCUGACGGAGCAGCCGCUGGCCGCGGUCCGCGCUGGACGCAUGCAUCCUGUACCCUACAUCAUCAGCCAGACGAGAGACGAGUUCUUCUGGAUGGCAUUUUAUCCAUUAAAGAACGACACUCUGAGAUCAAAGUUCAACAAUGAUUGGGAGAAAGUCGCUCCGAUCUCAUUCAUACUUCCUCGAGAUAAUGUGAGCGAGCAGUUGACACGACUGAGGCAGGUGUACCUGAGAGACAGACCACUAGCCAAUGACGCUGAGAGCGCCAGUCAACUGGGGCGACUGUAUGCUGAUGCCAUUGUAGGCUUUCCUGUACACAGACUAGCCAACCUGAUGUGCCGACACUCGCCCUAUCCGGUGUACUACUACGAGUUCGCGUACGUCGGCAACCACAGCCACUACGAGGACCCCGUCACCAACAAGCCCACAGGCGCGGCGCACCACGACGACCUGAUCUACCUGUUCUCGCUACGGUACCGGUACCCGGACGUGUCCGCCGCCGGCCCGGACGCUGACGUCGUCGACAAGAUGACCGCCAUCUGGUACACGUUCGCAAAAACGGGUGACCCGAACGCGUACGUCGGACUGGACCUGCCCGAGCUGAGCGGGCUGCACUGGCCCGCCAUGACGCCCGACAAGCGAAACUACCUCAGGAUCGACACAUCGCUGUCUGUGAUGACAAAUCUUAAAGAAGAUCGCAUCAAACUUUGGGAAGAACUGUUUCCAAUUGAAUAUUAACGUAUCCAUUUGUACU